GAAGAAAAAGAGACGAAGGGUCGCGGGCUAUAGAAUGAACUGCAAAUAUUAAUUACAGGUGUCAAAAUCAAGGGCUUUCGGUGAAGAGCGCAUCAAGGAAAGGAGCAGAAUGGGGCUUGAUGGAGACGCGUAGCAGGUUAUAAUUUUCUCAACUAAAAUGGCUUCCUCCACUUCCACACUCACUUCUAGACUCUUCUCCUAGUCCUCGACCUCGACGCUAAGACGUCGUUUGCCCCUCGUUGACGCGUUUUGCAUGCUUGCACUCCCUUGUAUUCUUCUGCUCUCAAAACGGCGUGCUUCUAUCUCUCUUACGAGUGAGACGAAGGCAAGAACUUAGUGCAGAGUGGAGAGGUUGCAUCAAAAUGUUGAGAAGAGUUGUUCACCAAUCUCGCAUAUUUCAUCGCUCCAUCGCAGCCGCAUCAUGCUAUUCAUCUUCUACCAUUUCCAUCGACCGUUCUUCCCUUUGUAACCCACCUGACCAUUCUCACAACCCCACUUCCGAUUCCGAACUCGUCAAACACCUCAAAGGAAUCAUCAAGUUUCGUGGAGGUCCUAUCUCAUUAGGUGAAUACAUGUCAGAAGUUUUAACAAAUCCUAAAGUUGGAUAUUACAUCAAUCGAGAUGUUUUUGGAGCUGAAGGUGAUUUUAUCACUUCUCCUGAAGUUAGCCAGAUGUUUGGUGAGAUGGUUGGUGUAUGGGUGAUGUGUUUGUGGGAGCAAAUGGGUCAACCCAAAAGAGUAAAUCUAAUUGAGCUGGGUCCUGGACGAGGAACUCUUAUGGCUGAUCUUCUUCGUGGUGCUUCAAAAUUUAAAAACUUCACUGAGUCUUUGCAUAUACACUUGGUGGAGUGUAGCCCUGCACUACAAAAGCUUCAGCACAAGAAUUUGAAAUGUGUUGAUGAAGAGAAUGCAGAUGAAAAUGCUGAUAAGCGAACUUUUAGCUCUUUGGUUGGCACCCGCACUCCUGUGUCGUGGCAUGCUGCAUUGGAGCAGGUUCCUUCAGGAUUACCGACAAUUAUCAUUGCACACGAGUUCUUUGAUGCUCUACCAGUCCAUCAAUUUCAGAAAGCAUCCCGUGGCUGGUGUGAGAAAAUGGUUGAUGUAGCCGAAGAUUCAUCGUUACAUUUUGUUCUAUCUCCACAUCCUACACCUGCGACUUUGUAUCUGUUGAAGAGAGUCAAGUGGGCUGCAACUGAGGAGAUUGCAAAACUCAAUCAAAUUGAAAUUUGCCCCAAAGCUAUGGAUUUGACCCAGACCAUUGUUGAAAGGAUAAGUUCUGAUGGUGGUGGAGCUCUAAUCAUAGACUAUGGCCUGGAUGAAGUAGUCUCAGAUAGUCUCCAGGCAAUACGGAAACACAAGUUUGUCCAUCUUCUGGAUGACCCUGGAUCUGCUGAUCUCAGUGCAUAUGUUGAUUUUGCUUCUAUCAGACAUUCCGCAGAGGAAGCUUCAGGAGAAGUGUCUGUCCAUGGACCAAUUACUCAAUCUCAAUUUCUUGGUGCCCUUGGAAUAAACUUUCGCGCUGAAUCCCUCCUUCAAAACUGCACAGAAGAGCAGGCUGAAUCGUUAAGGACCGGAUACUGGCGUCUCGUAGGUGACGGUGAAGCUCCGUUUUCGGAAGGAGGUGAUGAUAGUGCUCCAAUUGGUACGGGUACUCGCUAUAAGGCAAUGGCUAUAGUCAACAAGAACCAAGGUGUUCCAGUUCCUUUUUAGUAAAAGCCUAAUCAAUGCUAGCUGAACUCUCCCAAUACCAGAGUUGGGUUUUGGUGCAUGCAACAUUGUACAUUACUUUUUCCCCCCUUAUUAUUUAAUUAUUUUUUUAAAAAAUGUUAAUAAUUUCAAUAUUGCAUUGUAUUUAUUAAUCAAUAUAAGGAAAUACUUGUAGGCCCCUUUUCCAUACAAUAGAUUCAUUUGAAUACAAUAGAAGCAUGAAGUAAACUACAAAUCACAUGUA